AUGUCAGUGGCAGCACAAUGGGUACCAGAUGAAGCUUCUCUGGUUCAAUUAGGAUCCUAUUUAAGGAAUUCCAUGUCACCCGAUGCGAUACAACGUACCGAUGCGAUGGAAUCAUUGAAAUCGUUACAAUUACAGCCAGAAUUCUUCAAUUAUCUAUGUUACAUCCUAAUUGAAGGUGAGACGGAUAAUACGUUACGUUCACAUUUCCCCAUGAAUGAAUUGGCAAAUUAUAGAGCUACCGCGGGUUUAUUAUUGAAGAAUACUAUAUUAGAUGAUGAAAAUGAAGGGAUCUUGAAAAGAAUGGAUCUAGGUUACGUCAAGGGACAUAUCGUUGCUGGCUUAGUCCACAGUAAUGGUAACUCUUUGGUUUCGAAUGUUACCGGUAUUGUUAUUACUACUUUAUUUUCCACUUAUUAUAGACAACAUAGGAAUGAUUUCACCGGGUUACAAAUUAUAAGUCAAUUAUUAGAGUUAUCAUCACAAGGUAAUUUAGGUAGUACUAAGGCACUUUCUAAAAUUAUGGAGGAUAGUGCUCAAUUUUUCCAAUUGGAAUGGUCUACAAGUCCCGACAACAAUGGUAAUGUAAUUAAACCAAUUGAUAUGUUAGUGGAUAAUUUUAUGAAUUUCAUUAAAGAUGAUAAUUUGGAUGAUUUAGUUAGAGCAGAGGUUAUCAAAUGUAUUAAUUGUAUCAUCCCGUUACAAUGUCAAAGUUUUAUUGUCAAGAUUGAUGAUUUUUUGAAUGUAGUUUUCCAAUUAGCACAAUCUAAUGAAAAUAAUCAAAUUAGGAUUCAACUUUGUAUUGCGUUAGGGUAUCUUUUAGAUUUUAGACCAGAUAAAUUAGUUAACCAUUUGAAUGGUAUUAUUCAAUUCAUGUUACAUUUGAUUGGGACUGUUAAUGAUGAAAAAGUCGGAAUUGAAGCAUGUGAAUUUUUACAUGGAUUUGUUUGUAAUUCUAAUAUUCCAAGCCAUAUUUUACAACCAUUUGUGGCUGAAAUUGUACCAGUUUUGUUGACGAAGAUGGUUUACAAUAAGGAUGCCAUUGCUAUUUUAGAAAGUUCGAAUGAUUUGGAUGAUACCAUUCUAGAAGAUAAAGAUGAAGAUAUUAAACCAAUUGCUCCAAGAAUUGUUAAGAAAAGAGACGAUACAGAAGAGGACUUUACUGAUGAUGAAGAUGCAGGUGAUGAAGACACAGAUGACGAUGAUGUAGAGAGUCAAUGGAACUUAAGAAAAUGCUCUGCGUCCACUUUAGAUGCGAUGACUACUAUUCUACCAAGAGAUGUGAUGGAUAUUGCAUUCCCAUUCUUACGGGAACAUUUAACAUCUGAAAUGUGGUACAUUCGAGAAGCCACCGUGUUAGCACUUGGUGCUAUGGCUGAAGGUGGUAUGAAAUAUUUCAAUGAUCAAUUACCCGUAUUGUUACCAUUUUUAGUAGAACAAUUAAAGGAUCAAUGGGCGCCAGUACGGAAAAUUACCUGUUGGACAUUAAGUAGAUUUUCUAGUUGGGUUUUACAAGAUCAUACAGAAUUCUUAUUACCCAUUUUGGAACCAAUAUUGGAGACGCUUGUGGAUAAGAAGAAAGUGGUUCAAAAAUCUGCCAUUAGUAGUGUAGCUACUUUUAUUGAAAAUUGUGAUUCUGAAUUAAUUGAAANNACUCUAUUGUAUACAGAUCUUCUACAAAGUUUCCAACGAUGUUUCCAAUUUUAUAAGAAGAAGAAUUUAAUUAUAUUAUAUGACGCAGUGGGUAGAUUUGCUGAAAAGGUGGAAUUAGAUGAUGAAGGGAUGAAUGUGAUCUUGCCGCCUUUGAUAAAUAAAUGGAGUUCAUUACCAGAUCAAGAUAGAGAACUAUGGCCAUUAUUAGAAUGUUUAUCUUGUGUUGCAUCAUCUGUUGGUGAGAAAUUUUUGCCCAUGGCGCCAGAUGUUUAUGAAAGAGCAUUUAGAAUAUUAUGCCAUUGUAUUGAAUUAGAGAAGAAGUCACAUGAUGAUCCAAGGAUUGUUGUCCCUGAGAAGGACUUUAUUAUUACCUCCUUGGAUUUAAUUGAUGGAUUAUUACAAGGUCUUGGUCCUUUAUGUGGGUCAUUGAUGUUUACGAAUUCUACUGAUAGCAUUCCAAUAUUACAAAUUGUUGUUGUAUGUUUACAAGACUCAGUUCAUGAAGUUAGACAAAGUGCAUAUGCUUUGUGGGGUGAUAUGGUUUAUUUUUUUGCUGAUAAGUUGAAUUUUUACUUUAAUGUUAAUGAACAAAAUAAAGAAAUUUUAUCCCAAAUAUUGAAAUUCAUAGGGACAGAGAUUAUGCAUAAUGAUGAUACAGAUGGUGUUUCUGCGGUUAUGAAUGCUAUAUGGUGUUUAGGUUUAAUGAGUACCAGAUUGAAUUUGUUUGGUGAUUAUGUCCUUGAUAUGUCGAGGAUAGUGUUAGAUUUAUUUGUGACUAAGACUAGAGUUCUUGAUAGUUCCAUUAUUGAGAAUCUUGCCAUUACCAUAGGACAAAUGGGGGUUAAAUAUCCCGAGGUAUUUAGUAGAGAUGAUUUUGCUAAUGAUUCUAAUUGGAAUAAAUGGUGUGAUUCUGUUAAGUCGUUAGAAUCUAUUGAAGAAAAGAGUGAGACGUAUAUGGGUUUCAUAAGAAUAUUGAAUAUGACAGAUGAACGUAUAAGAGCAAGUCAUACAACAUUAAAGAAUAUUAUUAGUGGCUUAUCAGAGAAUGUUGAUGUGAAUAUAUUUGCUCAAGAUAUUUAUAAUUUUUUGAUGAAAUACUCGAAUGACCUUCAAACUUUAAAUCUUUCUACGGAGGAAAUUGCAUUUAUCCAACAGUUUACCAGUUAA